AUGGCACCAGCAAGCGUCGCAGACCUCCAGCCCUCAACCCCUUCAACCACCACCAACAAACCCACCGUCUACGUCCUCGACAAAUUCCACCCCGACGCCAUCGCCCACGCCCGCACCCUCUUCAACGUCAUCCUCAACACCGAUCCCGAAUUCAGCUCCUGGCACGAUGCAGAAUACCUAUUAAUCCGCUCCUCCUGGCUGCGCGCCGCCGACAUCGCCGCGUGCCCGAACCUCAAAGCCAUCGGCAAGCACGGCGUCGGCACCGACAAGAUCAACGCGCGCGCCUGCGCCGCCCGCAACAUCGCCGUGCUCAACACGCCCGGCGCAAACGCGCGCGCCGUCGCGGAGCUCGUCUUGGCCCUAACCAUGGCCGUCGCGCGCGAAGUCUGCAGCAUCGACCGCCGUCAGCAAGCGGGGGCGGUCGUCCCCAAAGAAGCCUGCCGCGGGCUCACGCUGCACGGCCGCACGCUGGGCGUCGUGGGGAUGGGCAACAUCGGGCGGUGCGUCGCGCGGAUUUUCCACCGCGCUUUUGAUGCCCCUGUGGUGGCGUACGACCCGUUCAUGCCGCAGGACUUACCGGCUUGGGACUUCCCGUACCGUCGCGCGGCGACGGUGGGGGAAGUGGUGCGGGAGGCGGACGUGUUGACGCUGCACGUGCCGCUGACGGAGGCGACGCGCGACCUGCUGGCGUACGAGGAGCUGUGCGCGAUGAAGCCCGAGGCGAUCCUGAUCAACGCGGCGCGCGGGGGCAUCGUGAAUGAAAAGGAUUUGGAGCGCGUGUUGCGGGAGGGACGGAUUUGGGGUGCGGGCCUGGAUUGUCAUGAGCAGGAGCCGCCGACCAAGGAGAAAUAUGCAAGUCUGUGGGAGCUGCCGAAUGUGGUGUCGACGCCGCAUAUUGGCGCGGCGACGGCCGAGGCGCAGAGGACGGCGGCGAUGGCGGCGGUGGAUAAUCUGUAUCGGCACAUUGUGGGGUUGGAGAAGUGA